AUGGCCUCGACGACAACCGCGGGUCAUGUAUCGCAACGGAGAAAUGAAGAGCCCACGGGCUACGAGGGUACUGCUACCGCGGCACCUACAGACAACGCUGCACAAGACCUUUCAAGGAGCAGUGCUGGUUCCGCACGCUCAUCCAGCAACAGAUCCAGAGCCAACCCGCAACAGCAACUGUCGACAAUCGAAAAGUCCGUCACCCACCUCCUCGUCGCCACCAAACAACUCCUCGAAACCCUGACCCUAUGGUCGCGCGGCGGUGCCACCGAGACCGAAGUCUCCGAUGUAUACGUCCGCCUGGGCUACGAGUUCAACAUAGCAUGUCGCGCCUUCAGCGCCAUCGGCGUCGAUACCAAUGAUCUAGGCCCCGUGCCCGACCAGCUGCGCACCAUUUUGGAAGACACGUUGAGUCAAGAGGCCAGUCAGGCAAGUUUGGACAAAUACCUCCCCCGCAUCCGGGAUAUCAUCAUCAAUCUACUUCAUGGCUUGAAAAAGAAGCAGCAGCGCUUGCGGCAGAGGGGGAGCACACGGGAAGGAGUGGUGGGUGCAGAUGGGAGAGUGACAGCUCGACAGACGUCGGUGGCGAGCAAUGCAAGCGCCGAAUCACAACUGGCGCAGCACCUCGACGACCUCCCCACCCGAACGUCUAGUGCGAGAAGCGGUGUGGAGAGGCAGUCAAGCGCGGAGCACGGCAUGCCUGGGUUUGCCCCCAGAACGAGCAGUGGUAUGGGACGGUCGUCACCAAAGAAGGCGGCGGGCUUAAGCCCCCAGAGUAGCAUGCGCCAAUCUCCAAGCAGGGACACCAUCUCCAACGACUCCGGCACAUCAACAUCCAGCAAUGCCCUACAGAACAUCCCCGUCAUGGCCCCAUAUCUGCAACAGGACACCAUACCUGCCAUUCAACUAGACGACCGACCAGAGCAGCUAUCCCCAUCGCAGGAUCCUCCUCGACCCCCACCAAAGCAGAACGAUGCACUCAGCGCGCUGCAAAAGAGCGGAGAUCUGGAGCGGAGAGCUUCGCGCCGCUUCUCCUCCUACCAGAUCCAAAAGCACCUUGGCACGUCGAUGAAUGGCAUGUCUGCCAUCCCACCCGCCCAGCACUCUCCCAUCCCGAAUAGAGGACGUGAUGUGCAGGAGUCGCUGAGCGCGGUACGAUCUCGAGGGAGCGCAAUACAGAGUCGAGCGCGAUCGCGAAAUAAAGACAUUGCAGCAAAUGCAUCUCCCAGCAGAAUGCAGGAAGUUCGGAGGAUAUCGGAGGAGCCCAGCAACAUCCUGACGGGAGAGGCCCAGCCGCCAAUGAAGCCUACGACGCAGGAUGCCGAUGAAUGGAGUCCUAUGGCGAAGACGCCCGAGGACAAGCUCGGAAGCUAUCCGUUUCCUGAAACCACGGCGAGCCCAGAGAAACUCGGUGCUACUCUUAACGGACCCGUCCCUGAGCCGAUGUAUGCCGGACUUGACUCAGGCGAAGAGAGACCUAAAGCGCCCGUGCGCAGUCCUUCCCGCAAACUCGCACGGCAAAGAACACCACCACCAGCUCAAUUCGUUGCGGAGGGCUCGCCACAGCCCGGCAAGGAACUUACCCUCUUCUUGCAAUACAAGAGCAAGAUCAAGAAAUUCGUGCUGCCGGACGGUGGCGAUUUGAGUCUCGCGCGACUUCAGCUGGCCUUCAUCGAGAAGUUCGCAUGGAACACGCAGAAUAAUGGUGUCGACCUCCCGGAGAUUUACAUUCAGGAUCCGAUCUCGGGAGUCAGGCAUGAGUUGGAGGAGCUUACGGAUAUCAGGGAGAGGAGCGUGCUGGUGCUGAACGUGGAGGCGCUCGAUGAAGUCAAGCGGCAUUUCGAUGAUGGCAUCGGCGGACUGCGAAGGAUCGUGGAAGGCAUUCGGACGAGUGUGGAAGACCAGCAUACCGCGUUGCAGCGCGUUUCCGACCGGCAGCAAGAAACGGCCAAGGAUCUUGCAUCCAUUGCCGCCGCCCCGCCGACUGCUCCGGCGCCACCCACGGGCUCGACCGGCUCGCGCUCAGUCUCUAGUCGAGAUCAGGUGGCGCAGUUGUCGGAGGUCACCAAGCUACGGCGCGAUCUUGCAGUCGUCCGACAGACCUACAGCUCCUUUGUGUCCGACAUGAAUGCCACUAUGACCACCAUCAAGGCCAAAGCCAGUGGGAUCAAGAAAGCAGCUGCCGACAGCGUAAUCCCUGAUAUGAAUGGCGCCACCGGUCGAACAUAUGUCGACAAUGGAAAGAAGCAAUUGUCUGCGGACAGUGAAAAGAUCGUCAACCGCGUUGAUGACCUUCAAGACAUGGUCGAAGAUCUGCGCAAGGACGUCGUCAGCCGUGGCGUGCGACCACUCCCGCGGCAGCUGGAGGGUGUGAGCAAAGACAUCAGUGUCGCAACGGCGGACUUGAAGAAGCUGCAGGAAUUCCUGAAACGCGAAAAACCCGUGUGGACGAAGAUCUGGGAGAAGGAGCUGCAGGUGGUGUGCGACGAUCGCGACCUCCUGACGCUUCAGGAAGAACUCGCGGUAGAUCUGGAAGACGAUUUGGAGAAAGCAGCAGCGACAUUCGCCCUUGUCGAGCAAGCCACCAAGCAGCAGAACCUUCACAAACCAAGCGACAGCAGCGACCAGAUCUUCGUGGGGUCCAUGCGCUCCGCCUCCGGCCGCAACCUCAAACCCAUCGCGAUGCAUCAAAGCAGCGCCGACCCGCACAAAGCCAAAGACAGCGUGCUGGGCGAAGUGCGCGCUCUGCAACCCAACCACGAGAGCCGGCUGGAAGCCAUUGAGCGGGCGGAGAAGGCGCGGCAAAAGGAGCUGGAGGAGCGCAAGGGCGGGGAGUUUCAGCGGGAACUCGGGACGUUUGUGGAGGAGGGCAAGUUGAAGAAGACGGGUGGGGUGGAGGAGGUGGAGAGGAUGCGGAAGAUGCGGGAGGAGAAGGCGAGGAGGGAGGUUUUGGAGAGGCAGGCGCAGAGGAUGAGGGAGAGGAAUGAGAAGGAGGCUGCUGCUGCGGCGGCGGCGGUGGCUGCGCCGGAUCCGACGGAUGGGAAGAAAGCGAGUGAGGCCAAUGGUGCGCCGCCUGAGAUCAUCACCAAUGGAGACGACACGACUGUGGUCAAGAGCGGAGACGAAGGGGAGAGGGAAAAGGAGAACAGCAGUCCCGAGCCGGGCUUUGUGGAUGCCAAAGAGGACGUGAGCACGCCCACGGAAGCUGCUCCGUCGGCAUGA